AUGCAAAAUUUAAUGGUAAACUCAGAUAGAGGUGUUAAUAAGCGUGUAUUAAAGAGUCCUAGUGAAGAUUUAGGUCAGUCUAAACGUAGUCCUACUAAGUCUAGUUCUGUUUUGAAUGUAAUUGAUAAGAGAGAUAAGAAAGAUAAGAAAGAUAAGGCUGAUUUGACUUUAAAUUCGGAUAAGACUACCGAUUUAUCCAUUGAAACAUUAGGUGAAGGCUUAGAUAAGGAUUUAGAUAAGAAUUUAGAUAAGAAUUUAGAUAAGAAAAGUAAUGUUAUAAGUGAAUCUAAUAAGUCUACUACUACUAAUAAUACUAGUGAUAAUACUAGUGAUAAUAGUACUCCUAAUAAUACUAGUGAUAAUACUACUCCUAGUAAGUCUAAGAGUAAGGCUAGCACUACUAAGUCUACUCAACCCACUACUAAUAAUACUAAGUCUACUAAUACUACUCAAAACACUACUACUCAACCCACUACUAAUAAUACUACUCCUAAUAAGUCUACUCAACCCACUACUAACAAUAUUAAUAAUACUACUGUAGAUGAGUCUCUUCCUACUACUAAUAAUACUCCUAAUGAUAAUAAUGACAACCAAAAUAGUGAUAAUAAUGAUAAGGACGGCAAUCAAGAUAGUGAUAAGGACAUCACCCAAGACAAUCAAGAUGAUAGUAGUGAUAAUGAUGGUAAUGGUGAUAAUUUGGUUAUGACGGGGAAGAGUGCUAGAGAAGAGGUGGAUGGAGAACUGCUGCGGGUGUUUCAGAGUACGUUAUCUGGGAGUGAGGGAGUACAGGGGGUGGAUAAGUUACUGAACUUACCGGAUGAAAUGGAACAUGUUCGAGUGGCUUGGUUCUUGGCCUUAUCGGAACAACGCGUGUUAGGUGAGGUUGAGGAAAGAGUCGAGUUAGAUAAGAAGAUUGAAGAACUAAGAACUAAAGUUUUGUUGAGAUCUGAUCCUAGAUGGCAUCGAGCUGUGCGUAAAGCUAAGUAUACAGUUGAUAGUUCUUUAAAUGGUCCAGUUUCAGUGGCUGGAGUUGAAUUACUGAUUAGUACGGUUAUUGAGACUUUAAUUAGAACUAGUAGUGUAGAGAUUGAUAGGGCAGUGGAUUUAGUAUUGGGUAAUAGUGCUGAUCAAGAUCCACGGGUGGUUAGAGUGCAAGGUACGGAUGUAGAGAUAGUAGAUGAGAUUUUAGAAAGUUUAGCUCGUUUACCGAUAGCCGAGAUAAAGAAACGAAUUGUAUCUAUUGCUGGAACAUUAGGGCCAGAACAUAUUGAGACUAUUUUAAGCCAUUUAUCAGGCGAUUUAGGCCGAUUACUACCAACAGCCUUGUUUGUGCACAACCAGGUGGUUUAUGACUUGUUAGAAAGAGAGUUCUUUAAGAGGUACGUAGUUGAACGGCCGGGAAUGGUUGAGUACUUCCCUAGGAUUGAUAUUGAAGCGGUUAUUAAGAGUUUACAUCGGACUUCAGCUAUGUUUAGGUCUUUAGAAACAAUUGCCAGACAAAGACCUAUUCAUCGAGCGAGAAUUGUCGAUGAGAUUUGUUCUUAUAUCAAAAAAGGAGCCAGAACUAAGUGUGUUGUGUUUGUUAAGGAUAACUUAUCUUUAUUUACCGAUCGGAUUGAUGAUUUAGGUCUAAGUUGUGAGGAGUUGUUACUCUUAGCUGAAAAACGACCAGAGUUACUACAGAAGGUCUUUAUCGUGAUUUCUGAGUUGAAAACCUCAUUGAAAGAGAAGAGACAGCAAAACCAUCAGAAGAAAGAGAAAAGACUCUCUUCUUUGAUUGCCGUUACAGCUGCUCAACUAGGAAGUUUACCGGAAGAGACAGUCGAACAGUUUAUCUUAGAAGGAGCAGCUAAAGAUCCAGAUUUACUAGCUAGACUUUGUUUAGGACUAUUUAGAUUACAACCACCAGGACCACAAGUACGUCGGGCUUUAGCUAAAUUAGCAGCAGCUGGUUCACCGCCGGCUUUGGUCUUUGCCGCUCUGCCUUACUUAGAGGACCAACAACGCUUAAGACUAGUGAAGAGGUACUUGGUAGAUGACGUCUCUUUGGUUUUGUUCCUACGAGUAGUCAGACCAGAAGACUUACUAGUACAUGCCCAUGGACUAGAGGCAGAUAGUGCCCGACGGAUUAUUAAGUUGUGUUUACAACGACCGGAAGCCUUCCCUGAUCGGACUGUAUCUUUGGCUUUAGCACAAAUGGAAGAGUUUCAUCCAUUGCCAGAACUCUUUGUUAGUACGGUUGAAGCCGCCUUAGAAGCUUUUCCUAAUAUGAAGCCAUUUAUUGUUACGUUGAUUAGACGGACUUGGGAAAGGCUUUUUACAGCUAAUCCUAAAGGCACUGUCCGUUUACUCGAACGACUUGAAGCAGCCUCACCAGAACUACUUCUUUCCUUCUCUGAAGCAGCUAUUCGGGAGGUUCUAGCGACUUCAGAAGUUCUACGCGACCGACUUGAAACAUAUCUCCGCAAACAACCCAAGUAUAUUCAAAGCAAGUAUGCCGAUCUAGCCCGUGAAGCCGCAACAACUCCACAAUAA